CAGUUCGCGCAGGCCCCGCCCCCCCGCGGCCGGGUACUUGCAGGCAGCGCCUCCGCGGUAACGCUACACCGCACUACUCCCGGGGAAGCAGGCGCCCCCCCACUUGCCGGCCCGGCCCCGGGAUGGCCCCCAAACUCCCAGACUCUGUGGAGGAUCUCCGCGCCGCCGGCAAUCAGAGCUUCCGCAACGGCCAGUAUGCUGAGGCCUCCGCACUCUACGGCCGCGCGCUGCGGAUGCUGCAGGCACAAGGUUCUCUUGACCCAGAAGAAGAAAGUAUUCUCUACUCCAACCGAGCAGCAUGCCACUUGAAGGAUGGAAACUGCGGAGAUUGCAUCAAGGAUUGCACUUCAGCACUGGCCUUGGUUCCCUUCGGCAUUAAGCCCUUGCUGCGGCGAGCAUCUGCCUAUGAGGCUCUGGAGAAGUACCCUCAGGCCUAUGUUGACUAUAAGACUGUGCUGCAGAUUGAUAAUAGUGUGACAUCAGCCCUGGAAGGCAUCAACAGAAUGACCAGAGCUCUCAUGGACUCACUUGGGCCUGAGUGGCGCCUGAAGCUGCCCUCUAUCCCUUUGGUGCCUGCAUCAGCCCAGAAGAGGUGGAAUUCCUCGCCCUCGGAGAACCAUGAGGAGACAGCCAAAAUCAAGCCCAAAGAAACUCUGACUCCAAAGAGCAGAGUGCCUUCUGCUGGGGAUGUGGAAAGAGCCAAAGUUCUGAAGGAAGAAGGCAAUGAGCUUGUAAAGAAGGGAAACCAUAAGAAAGCUAUUGAGAAGUACAGUGAAAGCCUCUUGUUUAGUAACCUGGAAUCUGUCACGUACAGCAACAGAGCGCUCUGCUAUUUGGUCCUGAAGCAGUAUAAGGAAGCAGUGAAAGAUUGCACAGAUGCCCUCGGGCUGGAUGGAAGGAAUGUGAAGGCGUUUUACAGACGAGCUCAAGCCUACAAGGCACUCAAGGACUAUAAAUCCAGCUUUGCAGACAUCAGCAGCCUCCUACAGAUUGAGCCCAGGAAUGGCCCAGCACAGAAGUUGCGGCAGGAAGUGAAGCAAAACCUGAACUAAAACCCCAAAAGAGCAGCAGGAAAUCUCUGCCUGACCUCACCCAGAGAAGCCAGGGGCCGCCUCCUCUGCACUUGCUCCUGAAACCCAGCAUGCCCCAAGUGAGCUCUGAAGCACCCUCCUCGGCCCCUUGAUGGCCCCCCAACCCCAUUCAGAAGCUUUGCUUGUUCAAGUUAAGCUCAAUGUAGUCAAACACAGAUGUCAUUGUUUCGCCAGAAAGGCCCCCACUAGAGCUGAAGUGUGAAGCUCAUGAAGUGUCCCCAUUCCCCCCUGCCUCAGCUGGUAGAUCACAGACAGGCCCUCAGCAAAGCAUUUGGCUUUGUCCCCACCCCAAGCGUGCUCCAGCCUAAGCGCUGCCCUGUAGCUUCACCAGUCCCCCCUCACUGCAGUUCAUCUGAACAGUCUGAGCUCCUGGGGGGGAGGGAGAAAGGAAUAAGACAGAAAAUCCUGACCCAAAGCAGCCUGUUGAGCUGGUUCUCCAGGGCUGCAGACUCCCAAGUGUGCAGCUGCUGUCCCUGCCCUGUCCUUGGCACAGUCUCCUGUGUGUCUGAGCCCCAGUGCCUUUUGUCCGGGCCCUCCUUUGGUGGGAAGGCGGAGCCUUGAAUGGCUCUGUCCUUGACUCUGCUGCUGCCUUCUGCAUUGAGGCACCUAAGCUGUUUCAAGAGCCCAGUGGUUGUGGCUGCUGCUCCUGGAGGUGGGCUGGGGAGAAAGGCCUCCUUGAGGUCAGUGUCCUUCCUUUCUGGGCAGGGAAUUGCCUUUUUGCUCCAACAGUGGCCUUCUCCAGGCUUCAUAGUUCUUUGUAAUAUGUUGAAGUUAAUUUGAACUGACUGAUUUUGUUGUACUGUGUGUUUAAGCAUUGCAUUAAAAGGCCUUCUUGUACAUAAA